AUGGGAAAUUGCUGUUGCGGUUGGGAAAACACAAUAUGCAGAGUGUUUUCAAAUACAAAGCCAGAAUCACCAAAAGCCCAAAGCAGUCCAUCGGUGAGAGCCAAGAAAGACAACAAGAAACUGCCCUCGAAUCCUGAAGAAGUCGAAGACCUGCGUCGUUGUACGUCGGCGAACCCGCUAACGGUUUUCGCGUUCGAAGAGCUAAAAACGAUCACCGGAAAUUUCAGACAGGAUUACGUGCUCGGUGGAGGUGGAUUUGGAAAUGUGUACAAAGGAUACAUUUCUGAAGAUUUACCUGUUGCUGUUAAGGUUCACGAUGUCGAUAACAGCUAUCAAGGUCAUCGGGAAUGGCUGGCAGAGGUAAUAUUUCUGGGGCAGCUGUCGCACCCGAAUCUGGUGAAGCUGAUUGGAUAUUGUUGUGAAGACGAACAUCGAGUCCUGAUAUACGAGUACAUGCCUCGUGGUAGUGUUGAAAACAAUUUAUUUUCUAGGGUGUUGCUUCCCCUUACUUGGUCGACUCGAAUGAAGAUAGCAUUUGGUGCUGCAAAGGGACUUGCUUUUCUGCACGAAGCCCAGAAACCCGUCAUUUAUCGCGAUUUUAAGACCUCCAACAUAUUACUGGACCAGGAUUACAAUGCGAAAUUGUCCGAUUUUGGCCUAGCUAAAGAUGGACCGGAGGGUGACAAAUCCCAUGUUUCGACUCGAAUUAUGGGAACGUACGGCUAUGCGGCACCGGAAUACAUAAUGACCGGCCACCUAACGCCUAGGAGUGAUGUGUAUAGCUUUGGAGUAGUGCUUGUGGAGCUUUUAACGGGCAGAAAGUCGUUAGACAGAACACGGCCAGUUCGCGAACAGAAUCUCACGGAUUGGGCAGUCCCCUUACUAAGAGAAAAGAAGAAAAUGUUCAACAUAGUUGAUCCAAGACUCGGAGGUGAUUAUCCGAGCAAGGGCUUCCAGAAAGCAGCCAUGCUGGCUUAUCACUGCUUAAAUCGUAACCCAAAGGCAAGGCCUCUAAUGAGGGACAUAGUAGAUUCCCUAGAGCCUCUUCAGGUUCCUUUCGAUGUGCCAACCGAUCAGCCGGCUUUGAUUCUUUGUAGUGAGGACUUUAAAUCAUGA